UUUACUGCCAAGACAUUUGCGGAAUGCGGCACUUGAAAUAAAUGUUCGUCAGCGACUGACAGGAUUCAUGGAGACAACACAAGACUGCGCCCGUGACAAACUUGUGCAAGGGAAAGCCUGGGGACGUCCCAGGAAAAGAUGGCAUUCUGGAGGAGAAAUUCUUAUGUUGAGAAGGAACGCCGUGUAAAAGCCAAUGCACAGGACUACAAUGACAAGUUCUCUUAUGCAGACAAUCACAUCAAAACCUCAAAGUACAACAUCUUCACCUUCCUGCCCGUCAACUUGUUUGAGCAGUUCCAGAGGGUUGCAAAUGCUUACUUUGUUGUACUGUUGAUACUGCAGUUAAUUCCAGUAAUCUCCUCCCUGUCCUGGUUCACAACCAUCGUGCCUUUGGUUCUGGUGCUGGUGAUCACAGGUGUCAAGGACGCUACAGAUGACUAUUUUCGGCACAAGAGCGACCAGCAGGUCAACAACCGCCAGUCUCAGGUUCUCAUCCGGGGAGGUUUGCAGAAUGAGAAAUGGAUGAACGUGCGAGUGGGGGAUAUCAUCAAGCUGGAGAAUAAUCAGUUUGUUGCUGCAGACAUCCUCCUCCUCUGUAGCAGUGAGCCGUAUGGUCUGUGUUAUAUUGAGACUGCAGAGCUGGAUGGAGAGACAAAUCUGAAGGUCCGCCAGGCAUUGACUGUCACCUCAGAUUUGGGAGAUGUGCCAAAACUGAUGGAUUUUGAUGGAGAAGUCAUUUGUGAACCACCAAACAACAAGCUGGAUAAAUUUACAGGAACAUUAUACUGGAGAGACAAUAAAUACUCUCUAGAUAAUGAUAAAAUGCUUCUGAGAGGUUGUGUUCUCAGAAACACUGAGUGGUGCUUUGGAAUGGUCAUCUUUGCUGGGCUGCAAACCAAACUGAUGCAGAACUGUGGAAGGACCCAAUUUAAAAGAACCAGUAUCGACAAACUGAUGAACACUCUGGUUUUGUGGAUCUUUGCCUUUCUCAUAUGUAUGGGAGUUAUUUUGGCUGUUGGAAACACCAUUUGGGAGACUUGGGUUGGCAGAAGAUUUGAGGUGUUUUUACCGUGGGAUGAGUUUCACAAUAGUGCUGUUUUUUCUGGCUUCCUCACCUUCUGGUCCUACAUCAUCAUCCUCAACACGGUGGUGCCUAUCUCAUUGUAUGUCAGUGUAGAGGUUCUGCGUCUUGGUCACAGUUUCUUCAUUAACUGGGACCAAAAGAUGUACUACAGUCAGACGGACACUGCCGCUGAAGCUCGCACCACCACUCUGAAUGAGGAGCUUGGUCAGGUGGAGUUCAUCUUCUCCGACAAGACCGGCACCCUCACACAGAACAUCAUGAUCUUCAGCAAGUGCUCCAUUAAUGGACAGGCAUAUGGUGAUGUCUAUGAUGAAUUUGGUCAGAAAGUGGAAAUUACAGAGAAAACAGCCUGUGUGGACUUUUCAUUCAACCCUCUCAGUGACAGAGGGUUUAAGUUUUACGACAAUGGCCUGGUUGAAGCCAUUAAAAAAGAAGAUCCUGCUGUGCAGGAGUUCUUCAGACUGCUAGCUCUGUGCCACACCGUCAUGCCAGAGGAGAAGAGUGAAGGGAAUUUGGUGUACCAGGCUCAGUCACCUGACGAGGGAGCAUUAGUCACUGCAGCACGAAACUUUGGGUUUGUCUUCCGGGCCCGAACUCCAGAAACGGUCACACUAUGGGAGAUGGGAAGAGCAGUCACCUAUCAGCUACUGGCCAUCCUUGACUUCAACAACGUGCGCAAGAGAAUGAGUGUCAUUGUAAGAACUCCACAAGGCCAAAUUAAAUUAUACUGCAAAGGAGCUGACACAAUUAUCUUUGAUCGUCUGGAUCAGUCCAGUGAAGACCUCAUGUACACUACCUCAGAACAUCUCAGUGAAUUUGCAGGAGAAGGGCUCCGAACAUUAGCGCUGGCCUGUAAAGACCUUGAUGAAGGAUAUUAUGAUGUUUGGAUGAAGAAGCUUCUCUUUGUAAGCACUGUGAUUGAGAACCGUGAAGAUCAGCUGGCUCUUCUCUAUGACGAGAUCGAGCAGGGCAUGAAGCUUCUAGGAGCCACAGCAAUUGAGGACAAACUUCAGGAAGGAGUGCCAGAGACAAUCGCCUGUCUGAAUUUAGCUGACAUCAAGAUCUGGGUCCUGACAGGAGACAAAUUGGAGACAGCAAUGAACAUUGGCUACUCCUGCAACAUGCUGCGUGAUGACAUGAAUGAGGUGUUUGUUAUCUCUGACCACACACUGCUGGAAGUGCAGAAGCAGCUCAGAAGGGCUAAGGAGCACAUCCUUAGCCUGAGUCGAGUAAGCAGUCAAGGAAAUAUUGAGAAGACUGAUAUGUUCACAGAUGAUUCUGUUUUUGAAGAAGCUAUCAUUGCAGAAUACGCCUUAGUCAUCAGUGGACACAGUCUGGCUCAUGCUCUGGAGCCUCAGCUGGAGCACAUGUUUCUGGACUUGGCCUGUUUGUGUAAAACAGUCAUCUGCUGUCGGGUCACUCCCAUGCAGAAAGCUCAGGUGGUGGAGCUGGUGCGGAGGCACAAGGGGUCUGUCACCCUGGCGGUGGGAGAUGGAGCCAAUGAUGUCAGCAUGAUCAAGACUGCUCACAUAGGUGUUGGCAUCAGUGGACAGGAGGGGAUGCAGGCUGUUCUGGCGUCAGAUUACUCCUUUGCUCAGUUUCGAUACCUGCAGAGGCUCCUGCUGGUUCAUGGACGUUGGUCCUACUACAGGAUGUGUAAUUUCUUGGGCUACUUCUUUUACAAAAACUUUGCCUUCACCUUAGUUCACUUCUGGUAUGGCUUCUUCUGUGGUUUCUCAGCACAGACUGUUUACGACCAGUGGUUCAUAACCCUCUUCAAUAUCGUCUAUACAUCUUUACCAGUGCUGGCAAUGGGGCUUUUUGAUCAGGAUGUCAAUGACCAGAACAGCCUUCGCUACCCGAGCUUGUACAAGCCCGGCCAGCAGAACCUUCUCUUCAACAAACGUCAGUUUUUCCUGUGUACACUUCAUGGGAUGACUACAUCAUUCCUGCUUUUCUUCGUUCCCUACUGGGCCUUUUCUGUUAUGGUGAAAGAAGAUGGCUCUGUCUUCUCUGACCAACAAGCAUUUUCUGUCACCAUAGCAACCUCUUUAGUAACUGUGGUGAGUGUUCAGAUUGGACUUGACACUCACUACUGGACGGCUGUCAAUCAUCUCUUCGUAUGGGGGAGUCUGAUUGUGUAUUUUGCCAUAUUGUUUGCAAUGCAAAGUGAUGGCUUGUUUGACAUUUUCCCAAAUAAUUUUCCAUUCAUUGGCACAGCUCGCAACUGUCUUUCAGAGAAGAGUAUGUGGUUGGUCAUUCUGCUCACCACUGUAGUGUGUGUUGUGCCUGGCUUAGUAGUUCGCUUCCUGAGAAUGGACCUCUUCCCAACUCUGACCGAUAAGGUUCGUCAUCUCCAGCAAUCCAGGAAGAAGCAAGGACCUCAGGAGCAAAACCUUAAGCGAGUACGCAGGACAAGCUCCCGCCGCUCUGCCUAUGCCUUCGCCCACCAACAGGGCUACGGAGAGCUGAUUACCUCGGGCAAAAACAUGAAGAUGAGCACAGUGUCUUCAGCUUGCACCCCUGAAAGAACAUCAUGUGGCUCCAACUGGAUAGAAAAUAUGUUAAAGAGAAAGAACGAAGUCUCUUGCAUGUCCCAGCAAACAGCAGGUGCACCAGAAAGCAGCACCAGAGCAAAACAGACUCUAAUGCAACAGCACACAAACUGAACUUGAGUGAGGGAAUGUACACAGUACAGAUUAUCAUACACAUGGAUCCUACAGACCAAGCACAAACUAUGAGUGUCCUUCAUUUGGGUGAAUCUAGGCUCAAAUCAAUAACAAAAGCAUACCUCAUUUGUUUAAUGAAGAGUGGGAUGAAUGAUAAAGGACAAGCAAAAGAGAACCUAUUUCCCCACAAAUGGAAAACAUUUACAAUGUCGACCUUUCUUCAAUUAGCAGAUUUUAACUUUUACAGGGGUGGGUAUGUUUUUGUACCAUAAUAUGAAAAAAAAGAAUGAAUAUUUCUUCAUGUGCAGCAAAUAAUCUCAGCUGAUCUCUAAACACUGGUUCGAAGAAAGGUUUCCUUUGACUGUCUAAAGCAAACUUUUGUAUGAUACAGAAAUCAGAAGGUAAAUUGAUUGUGAGCGAACAAAGAGCCUAAAACUUUCUCAACCUACAUCCAAAGUGCUAAAAUAUAAAUAUUCCUGUUAUUUCUGAAAUGGAGCUACCAGCCAUUUUGGAAAGCGCAGUGUAUUACAUUUUACCAACUCAACAUUUUGACAGGCUUUAUACCAAACUGGAACUAUAAAACGUGUAAUGGUUAGAUUUACUGACUUUCUGUUCCGUGCCUUUAUGGAUCCUGUUGAAUACAGCUGCUUUUGUUACUUGA